CUUGAAUAGUUCCUCCUUCAGUUCCUCCUUCACCUUCAGCUUCUCCAGUCCAACAACAAUGAAGUUCCUACUGACACUGGUGCUCGUCUCUGCACUUUUCUCUGGAGUGCUGUCGCUGAUGUGUCUUAACUGCUUUAAUGAGCAAUGUUGGGAGAUUGACUGUCCAGACCAGUGUGCCAGUCUAACUCUGUUGGUAAUAAACAAUUUCAACAAUAUGAGCGCUGUUUUAAAGACUUGUGCAGUACUGGACAUUUUUUGUUCACCUAUGACUGUAAACCUGGGAGAAUUAGUAACAACCAGCAAUGCCAUGUGCUGCAACACUACAUUAUGCAACAAUGAAACACUGCCAGUUAUUCCGGUUCCUUUGCCCAACGGGAGGAUCUGUUAUACCUGUUUCAAUAAUAACUGCACACAAACAGUGGACUGUGGAGGAAAUGAAGACAGGUGCCUUACUUUGACAGCCUCUCAAUUAGACAUUACAGCGACCAUGAAAGGAUGUGUAGAUAAAUCUUUCUGCAGUAAUUCUCAACCAUUCUUCUCAGUGAGAAAUAUCAAUGUAAGUGUUCAGUGUUGUGAUGGAAACCUGUGUAACAGUGCUGAGAUCUUCACCACGAGUUUCCUCCUCAUGAUCAUCUCUCUACACUCCUCCUUGUUCUUCUCGUGAACUCUGCUGAUCGAGUAGCUCACUGAAAACAGCUUGCAGAAGACAGAUGGUUUUUAUUUCAUUUAAGCUUCAUCUCUGCUGUAUUGCAUUAUCACAUAUAACGUACAGUAUUUGUCAUAUGUACAUUACUGAGCUUUUCAUUGUCUGUAGUCUCUUUAUAUCACUUUAGAGUUGGAUAUUGAUCGUAUUAUCCCACUUGUGAAUCUGCAAGAAAUAAACUGAUACAUAUUCA